CUGUAGCUUCCAUUUGAGAGGUUCUCACUGCUUUACCCACUGCAACCUAGUAUCCUAUAUUUCGGUUUCCUGUGAGAGACAAUAAUUAGCAUCAUCUCCUCAUCUUUGGGGCGGAUCAGGUUGGAUACACUCCCAGAACGUCUCCAUCAUGAACUACCUGCGUCGACGACUCUCGGACAGCAAUUUCAUGUCCAACUUGCCCAAUGGCUACAUGACCGAUCUCCAACGCCCCGACGCGCCGCAGCAAAGCCCCGCAGUGUCGCCCGGCCCGACGGAGAGGCGGCAGUCCGCCGGCCAGCCGCUGCCGCAGCAGCAGCAGCAGCAGCCUCCGCCGCAGCAGCAGCAGCAGCAGCAGCAGCAACCCGGAGGUGGAGGCUCCGGCUUCUUCUCGUCUUUAUCAAAUGCUGUUAAACAGACCACGGCUGCUGCGGCUGCGACCUUAUCCGAGGCGGCUGACCGCGCAGGGGUCUCCAGCAGUGCCAAGAUCCUCCUGGUUAUCGACGACCUGCAGACCGACUGGGUAAAGGUCUUCAGGGGAAAAAAGGUCCACAGUGAAUUCGACAUCAAGGUCGAGCAGGCAGAAUUCUCGGAAAUCAGUCUGGUGGUGAAUUCCACAGGCUCUUACAACGUGGACAUUGAUGCAAUCAGAAAUGGGCAUAAGGUUACUAAAUCCUUGAAGCCAGACUUUGUGCUGAUUAGACAGCAUGCCUUCAGCAUGGACAAGAAUGGAGACCACCGGAACAUAGUGAUUGGACUGCAGUACGCUGGACUUCCGAGUGUGAACUCUUUGCACUCUGUCUACAAUUUCUGUGACAAACCAUGGGUGUUUGCUCAGAUGUCCAGAAUCUCCAAGCAACUGGGCCCACAGGAGUUCCCUCUGAUAGAGCAGGUUUACUACCCAAACCACAAAGAAAUGAUUACCUCCCCUCGCUUUCCUGUAGUGGUGAAGAUGGGCCAUGCCCACUCAGGAAUGGGAAAGGUAAAAGUGGAUAAUCAAUAUGAUUUUCAAGACAUUGCCAGUGUUGUGGCCCUCACCAAGACUUACGCCACAUCCGAGCCCUUCAUUGAUGCAAAGUAUGACGUGCGCAUCCAGAAGAUUGGCAACCAUUACAAAGCUUACAUGAGAACAUCAAUUUCUGGCAACUGGAAAACCAACACUGGCUCAUCCAUGCUUGAGCAGGUGGCCAUGUCAGACAAGUACAGAAUGUGGGUGGACUCUUGUGCUGACAUCUUUGGAGGGUUGGAUAUCUGUGCUGUGGAGGCACUACAUGGGAAGGAUGGCAAGGACUACAUCAUAGAGGUUGAUGACUGUUCGAUGCCCCUAAUCGGGGACCAGCAGGACGAGGAUCGUGUUCAGAUUGCAGAGCUGGUGAUUUCUAAGAUGAACCAGGCUGUUUCACGCACUUUGAGCUCCUCCACAGCAGGGCAGCCAGCACAGAAAGCAGUGUCUCCUCAGCCUGUCUCACAGACCAAAGUGCCGCAGGCUCAACAACGCCCCUCACCUCAAGGUGGUCCCCAGCAAAGUCCCCCAUCUCAGCAGCGCCCACAGCCUCAAGGCCAACCUCCCGCACAGGCCCAGCAAUCUGCAGCGAACCCAGCAGCAGGUGACCCCGGCGCUCAAGCUAAGGCUAACCAAGGCUCUGCAGCCCAAGCACGGCCCCCAGGUCAGGGAUCCCCCCAAGGCCAGAGGACUCCCUCUGGUCAGGGCUCUCCUCAGCGAAGCCAGGGCGGUUCACCUCAAACUCAGAGGCAACAAUCCGCCCCCCAGCAGCAGAAGCCUCAACAGAGGCCAGCGCAGCUUCCUAGACAGCAGUCACAGGGGGCAGCGCAGCAACAGAAGGCUCCCGGCCAGCAAGGUCGCCCUGCAGGACCCACCACCCAGCAGCCCCGAUCUGCUGCUCAAGGCCACGGGGGCCCGGGGGGACGACCCCCGCUGCAGCAAAAGCCUCAGCCACCAAGUAAGCCCAGUCAGGACAACCCAGCUAUGGGCGGCUCUCCACAUCUAAACAAGUCCCAGUCUCUUACCAAUACCUUCAACAUUCCAGAAACCCCAGCGCCACCAGCCAGCCUUAGCCAGGAUGAGGUGAAGGCUGAAACCAUUCGAAAUCUACGCAAAUCUUUUGCCAGUCUCUUCUCAGACUGAGAAGGCCAACCCCCCCCUCCCCCUCCCCUCCCCCCACUCACUACUCCCCCCUCUCCCCCUUCUGCUCUUCUCCUACUGACGGAAAGAUGGACAGGCGAACUGAAGGAAAGUUACCCCCAGCGAACAAGGACCAACGGGAUCCAAUUCAUGUACAUUGACAAUGAUAUGAAAAUGUACACAUGACACACACUGCCUAAAUAGAUGACACCUUUUAAAAUGAACAAAAAGUAGAAAACACAGUUAAUUCUGGCUCUGAUAUCUGAAACAUGCCUUGCCUCGCCUCAAGCUCAAGUAGGUAUCAUCCACCGAUUGUGGUACAAAAAAACAUCAACGUUGUGUAUGCAUGAAUUCACACACGCAAAGAUGUGAAACUAAAGAACAAAAUUUAACUCCCACUUUUCUGUAGGCGCACUGAGAUCAUUGUGAUCUUAUGUUUUGGUCGUUUGGCCGACCAACUGAUAGAAACUGUAAGAAAAUCAGAAGUGGAAGAGUGCUUAAUAUAAUAUUUUAUUUCAUAAAAAAGCAUGGCCCUCCCUAGUGUUUUCCCAAAAUUGAUAACAUUAUAUAUUUAUGCCAAACAUAAUACAACAGUGAAAAUACAACAUAUUUUAAUAUAGAACUUGCUAAAACUGAUAUUAUACCUUGUGCAUAUAGCAAAAUGCAUCUCUAUGGCACAGAUUAAAAACACUUCUUUUUGAUUAACUAACUAUUUUAUCUAUUUUUAUAUUGAUCUCACAUGAACAACAUAUAUGACCUAUUAUAGGCACGGGGUAAGGCAUAACAAAAGAACAUUCUCUACUCUUCCCAAAAUACAACACUGCACUCUCUUUGCAAAAAUGAAGAGUUACAAUAUCCUUUUCUGACCCUUUUCCACCCGAGAAUCAUUUCUGAAGCGUCCUUAACACGGCACACAGCUGCACACGUGGGAUCUCCCGUAUGAGUUAAUGCUAGAUCUGUUUGAGCUGUUGACCGCUCACGGUGAUGUCUUAGCUGCAUGUCAUCAGGAGGCAAUGGUCACGUUUUCCAACCCCUGACAUUGGCGCUUGUAAAUGUGUUGUCACAUGUAGUUGAAUUAAUUAGUAGAGUAACCUAGUAGGUGUCGUAAGUUUGUUGUUGCUGCUACUUCCCCCCCUCCCCACCCCUCCCCCGCACAAAAUCAAAAGCUCUCCCCCUUGAAUGCAUGGCAAGAACGUCGGAUCAAAUGGAGUUGUCUCAGGGAUUUCCACUUGAUUGUGACACUUGUAUGUGGGUGAGGGUCUUCCAUUGCGGUUUUAUUGUGCUUGUUUACUAAAGCAUGCAUUUCAAUAGGGUGGAAUAUUUCUAUUAUUUAAAAUGCAUUUGCACACAGAGAAUACUGCAAAAUUAUACUUGAAUACAGUGACAUUGACUUAUGUAUUAAGUCUUUAUUUUCAGGUUAAUUCAUCUGCGACUUGACAAAACAACAACUCGGUGGUCCCAACCUGGGGUGCUGCUGAGUGUGUGACAGGUGUGGCACAGAGGGAAACAACAUAGGCAGGGUUUGCAACUGUUCAGGUACAGAUGUACAACAUGUGAUUAUUUACAGACCCUUGAUUCCAUUGCAAUGUAAUGAAAAAGCUUCUUACUUUGAACUAGUUCCAGAUUGACAUUAAGUUAGUGGUUUAUUUUGGGAGUUAGUUGAUGCAUUGGGAUUUUGCACUCAAGUAACUCUAAACCUGAUUCUGUUUCAUACAAUGCAGAUGUUCUGCUUUCAUGCCCCUUGGUUUUCAAUGAGUUUUUAGUCUGUAAAAGGACUGGAUAUAAGAAAAAGAAAAUAAUGUUAAAGUAUAGGAGUGUUAAACCGGGUGUGGCCCUGCGGUAGAUUUAGUACUUCCUGCAAUCUUGCUUGCACUCUCAACAUUUUCUUUUAUCACUGCAGAAAGUCUAUUCUGUUUCCAGGCACUAAAUUGUCUUCCAGAAGGAGUGCUUUACAUUUGAAUGUCAACGUAGUAUGGCAAUAUCGGGCUUUUCUGGAGAAGACCCAAUAGCCAAAAGUAAAGGAACCUUGGUUCCGCUGCAGAUUCUUCAUGCCGCUUUUGUUUUGUGUAGCCACAGUGACCCCUUGUGCUCAAUGGUGCAUAAACGUGUGAAUGUUGUUCUGUAACUGGUCAAACCAAAUAGAUGUGUUGUACAAAGCUCUGAGUGAGUCAUCCCCUGCUGCUAUUUGUGCUCGUUGAUAUUACGUGUGUCUGUGAAGUUUUUAUUUCUUCAUUCUCGGUUCUUUAUUUGAACUAUCUUUACACACCUAUUUUUUUCCUAAGAGGCAGGACUAUCUGGGGCUUGUAAGCUUAUGCAUUAGUGAUUCAGGCCUUCAGUUUUUUUAUUUUACAGUUACUCAGUUUCAGUGCAUGACUGUUUGAUCUAUUGUAGAACAGCCCAAAGCCAAGAGCAUCAGCUGUGACAGCAGCUUUGUGUGAUUGUCACACUGAGUGUAAUUUAUGAAAACGAGCCAUCACAAUAAGCCUGGAUGGUUAACUUUGGAAUAUGUCAUACUGUGGUUCAAAGGCCUGCUGGCCAUUAUAAGACACCAUUUGCCAUGGCAACUCCUGAGACUGACAAGAUGAUGUGACAGUAGUGCAAAUAAAUAACUGGUUGUAUGUUUUUACGUUUUUUAAUAUUCACAGAUGUUUUUUUCUUUUGUAAAGGUUUACAUUAUUUAUGGUGGAUAUAUCUGUGAAUGUACUUUUUUGUUACAGUCAAUUGGAUUGUUUUUUAUAUGCAUUGUAUUACCAUGGUGGAAAGAUGAACUCUUUUUAAAUUUGAGUUAAACUGAUUGUCAGUUGAUGCCUGCCAGAUUUCAUAAAUGUAAAGUGCAAGAAUCAAAAAGCUAAGGUUUUUUGUCAAUCAACAAAUUAGAUAUUGCAUAAUGUAGAUCAUGGUGGAAUUGAAUCAAUGUAAAAAAAAUGUGUAUUUAAUGUUAUAUGCAAUGUAGCUAUAUUAUGUGAAAAUGAGUGAAAAUGUGAUUAAAACAUGCACAUGUCUAAUAAAGUCUGUGAACAACAA